AUGACCCUCGCCCCCGAGACAGCCUUGGCACUCAUUCAAGCCGGGGCCUCUUCUUCCAAUAACAUCAAUAACAACACCACCACUAUUGCUACUCCUACUACUGCAGCCACCACCGCAGUCACCGCUUCUACUGUUGCUGCAUCAGCAACAACACCUGCGCAACCACAGGGCCCUAGUAUGAGCAUGCCCAACGCCAACAACAUGCUCGUCAACGGAAGAGGCAAUGCCGCCUCGACCUCAAGAGCCUCCUCUAGUCGAACUGCCUCGGCCUCUUCUUCCUCCUCUAUGCAGCAACUCCCUCGACCCUCCAGCACUGCCCGAGGAAACGUUGCCGCAUUCCUGACCAAGCUCUACAACAUGGUCGGCGACGAGGCUUCCAAUAACUUGAUCAAGUGGUCCGACGAUGGCCAUUCCUUCAUUGUUGUCAAGCACGUGGAGUUUGCAAAGGAGGUGCUGCCAAAGUUUUUCAAGCACAACAAUUUCUCGUCGUUUGUCCGUCAACUCAACAUGUACGGGUUCCACAAGGUGCCUCAUCUGCAGCAGGGAGUCCUCCUCCCAGACGCCGACUCGGAACAGUGGGAGUUCAGCAACCCGCAUUUUCAAAAGAACCAGCCCGACCUACUCUGCUUGGUUUCCAGGAAGAAGGCGUCGAACGGAAACGAUGACAAGGAUGCCCUAACAAUGGAUUUGGGCCAUAUUCUCUCGGAGGUCACCGCCAUCAAGAAGCAUCAAAUUGCCAUCUCGUCCGACUUGAAGAAUAUUGAGCGGGAUCACCAAUCGCUCUGGCAAGAGUCCAUCGCCGCACGGGAACGCCACCAACGUCAGCAGGACACUAUCGACAAAAUUCUCCGCUUCCUCGCCAGUGUCUUUUCAGGAGAGAAGAAGAGGGCCAUUGUUCCCAACAAGAAGCCCAGACUUACUAUCACCGAAGGAGAUGUGGACGACGAGUACGAACAUGAACUCGGACUAAGCUCUGGUGGUGAACACGAGGAAGAGGUCACGAAAUUAUUGGGAAGCAAGCGCAAGCGUGCGUCCAUGGUCGAGUCCGAGGCAGACUAUCUUUUACCAGGCAUGGAGACUCGCGGAUCGCCCAGCAAGCCAACUUUCAACAUUAGUGAAAUGACACCUGGUGAGCAUUCAUAUCUUCGUUCUCCAACACUGGCACUCCUUGCUAAUGCAAGUCAGUCUGCCCAGUCUGCCCAGGCAAACCCCUGUUCUCCAGCUUCAACGUCAACAUCCUCGAUCUCAACUCCACCCAUUGCAACAACAUCAACAGCACCUAGCAAAAAGUUGGCUCCGCCUCCGGUCACGAGCGAACCACAGGGGUCGAUCACGGACUAUCUCAGCGCAUUCCCUGGAUUGAACUUUCCUGGCGUACAACCUUUCAAACUGGACGGUUCAAACUUGUCGAUCCCAACAACACUUUUGCCCAAUGCCAUUAGCCCUUUGCAUCACGAUAUGCUCCGGUCGAUCUCAAUGGCGAAUGCACAGGAGAAUCUGCCUGCACCGCUCCCACCUUCCUUUGUCCAGACACCAGCAGGAGCGAAUGCGGUUAAAGGAGUGGACCAGAUAGCACAGGAAAUGGAGCAGUUGCAGAAGAGUAUUGAAGCCUUGGAGGCGCAUGGCCUCAAUGUCAACGACUUCAACUUUGACGAAUCUUAUUUAAAUUCGGCCAACUUUGCUGAUAAUGGGUAUGGCGAUAUGAGUGGUAUCAGCGGAAGUGGGAUCCCUUACCAGGAUUCUCUGGGAUCGGAGGCCGAUAACAUGGACGAUAUGAUUCACGCGGACCAGGACGACCUGAAUAUGAUCACGCCAGCACUUGACCAUCAACAUAUUGUGUCUGAACCUGUGACACCUUCAUCGUCCUCUGCCUCGACGCCUCGAAGCAGCAGCAACAUCAACACUAUACCUUUAUCGACACACCCUUCCAAGUCAUUCUCACCGUUGUCUGCCUCUUCUUCUACCUCGACCCCCGUUAUCACUCUUCCAGUCUCUGCCGCUUCAACGCCGACCGAGACGCCCUUGAUCAAUCCACGGACAUCUACCGUUGGCGACGAGUACCUUGAGGAUAUGAUUCACCUUGAUGACUCUAUCUAA